AUGCCGUGGCGAUCCUUUGCCGAUGGCCCUGAGUGUGAAGAUCCAAAGCUCAUCGCUAGGCGAUGGGAUGAUGUUGAGGAGAUCCGUGACCGGGCUAAGGAUAAACAAAAGUUAGUCCAACUUGUCAAGGACGAAGAUGGGAAUGAAGUGGCCUGGCCAACCCCUGAGAACAUGUCCCUAAACAAGGCACUGCUUGAAGUCCUGGUGAAGGACAUGCUGUCUCGCACCCGGGCGGGGGCCGAUCCAAUAGAAAUCAUCACAAAAAUGGUGUCGGAGCACUACACGCUUCACCGAAAUGAUUUCCAAGAGUACUUCACUUUUCAGAUCAAGGGUUGGAUUGCCAAUGAUGCAUGGGCGAUCAGAAAGAUGGUGAGCAAGUUGCGCAACAAGAUCACCAAACAUGAUACCAUGAGGGAUCCUGACCUUGCCCGCAUCUUUGGCAUGCUUCGGGAAUCCUACAGGAAGAGAAUGGAGGUGCUUGGGCUUGCUGUGCAGCCGAUCCGUGAUGGCCCAAUCCCAGACCCAGCUGGUGGUGAUGGGCCACCUGCUGCCAAUCCAGAUGAUGCCGCUGCGGCAAAUGUCGCUGAGCCUGCUGAGGCUGCUGAGCCUGCUCCUCAUGACCCUCCUGCACCGGCUGGUGAAGCUGGCGAACCAGAAGUUGGUCUUGAAGAUGCUUUGGUCAAUGGGGGUGACCCUGCCAUGCUGGCCAAUGACCUGAACAUUCCAGAGUUUUCCACUGAGGAGAGCCAGCUCUUGGAAGGCAUGCUGUGGGGAUACAGCUCUGACCCUCCAUCUUGCACACUGUGGGGGGAUUCAGUCCCGGCAGCCGGCGAUGGAAUUGAGUCUCCACCGCCGCCAAUGCCCGAGGCUGUCGAGAAUGGAUCUUCAUCUCCGGUUCCUUGCAUCAGCCUGUUGGACGAUAGCCCUGGGCUUUCUGCAGAGAAGGCUGCAAUGCCAUCCACCUACAGCCAUGACAUGAAGCGUGCGGAGUUCAAUGACUACAAGAAGUUCCUUGCCUUGGCUAAGGAGAAGCUGGCUGACAUGAAGCGCCGUGAUUCGGGUAGCAGCACCAGCACGACUGCCUGUGACUCCUCAGCUGGAUCCUCUACUGACAGAGUUGCCGAGCCCUUGACCGCAGCCUCGCUGGCAUUGGACGUUGACAAGUCCAGUCAAGGAGAUAUUGGGCAAGCUGGACCAGCAGCUGCUGUGAAAAAGAACAUGGACCAGAUGGAAACGCAGCUGUUGCCUCAAUCCUUGGAUUUCACCAACAUCCCGGAUUCAUUGCCCUUGGACCAGUAUGAUGUGCUGCCACCACUGCAUCGGACCAGUGCUCCGCCUGAUCGCAGUGCCGGGCCCGAUACUGAGAAGGUUGCUGCCAAAAUGGAUCAGCAGGGCAUGGUGAUGGAUGUUGAGAAUGGGGAUCGUGGAGAGCUGGCAGAGCCGGGUGUGGGGAAGGGUGACGCCACUCCACCUCACAUGGUUUCAAGUCCGCUGGAAGCUGAGAAGGGUGACGAGGUCCCAUGUGGUCAGGCGAACAUUGCCGUGUCCCCUGAGAAGGAACCGGGGUUCAAACCUGGCAGGAAAUCCAGAGCAAAGGCAAAGGCAAAAGCCUCUGCGACCAAGGCGAAAGCUUCUGCAAAGAGCCGGGGCAUGAAGCGUCCAGCUUGCCGUGGCGACUUGGAAGCUGAGGGUGUGGGGGAGGGCGCCGUUCUUCCUGCACCUGAAAGCUUGCCAGAUGCUGCUGCUCCUGAUGGUCUCCCUGGUGGUGAUCGCCGCCGAGCGCCGCGAGCACCAAAGGCCCAGAAGAUUUCUGGCUUGAGCGAUGAGUGCCGUGCGAUGGAUCGCACUGGCCAGGUGCCUCCCACCUUCGGUGGAAGGGCUCGGCCAGCUGGUGGAUCGCAUUGGGCGUUGGAGAAGUACAUCCGGACAGCUUCUGCUUUCAAGAAUUCCAUCGAGGAUACCUUGACCCCUGGCACUAAGCACAAAGCUCAGAUGACCUUCUGCAGCCUCAUCCAGAAGCACAAGAAAGAGGGCAACCAUCGUGAUCCGUCGGAUUUCUCUUACAUCGAUCAUGCUGUUGCGGAGUUCAAGCAGCAACACGAAGCCCAUGCUCUUGGCGAAGACGAUCCGGACAAGGAGGAAAAGAAUGCACCUGCGCUGGGUGGAGUCGAUGUCAACUGA